CAACGCGUCAUUUGGCUGAUCAAAGCCUGACGGACCAGGACCGGAAAAUGUUGUUGCUCGAAGCGAACACUUGGGAAUUGUUGCAACGCGUUUACGAACAUCGAAGAAAGCCGCACGGGAAUAGUCGAACUGCUCAAGAAAUGCUCAAAGGGAACCCUUACACGCCGACUGCUGCUCUUUAUAGUGCAUGGCUCGAUCAUUCUUCUCGACUAGGCGAGCUUUGUGAAGUGCAAAAAUGGCUCGAAGUGACAUACAAGCCUCAAGAGCCACCGCUGCUCUCCAAGGAGUACUGGAAGUUUACACGUAUGGACUUGAAGCAAAAGAAGAGACAAGGGAUGAAUAAUAGAACCGGUUAUGUUCGAACGAUGGAUCCAGACGCGCUCAAUCGUACUGGGGAUAGUGGUGUGCUCAACGCAGACGAUGCAGAGGAAGAGAGGGCGCUCCUCAACUCUGUCUUUCAGCAUAUCAGAGCUGGAAGACUUGAAGCUGCUGCCAAGAUUUGUGAAGAUGCAGCACGGCCAUGGAGAGCGGCUGUCAUUCGUGGCGGUUAUUUCCUACAAUGGGAAGGCUUGGAAGAUUUGUUCACUCAUGCAGAAGAUGUUGGUAAGCAAGAUCUCUGGAGUGGAAAUCGAAAGUGGCUUUUGUGGCGACAGACUUGUAUCAGGGCUGCCAUGAGCAAUGCAUUAAGUGUCACUGAUAAAGCCAUACAUGCCGCAAUCUCGCCUUCCCUCGUCACUCUCCCUGCGCUGGUACCCAUGUGCCACAAUAAUUGGGAAGAUCAAUUAUGGGCACGUUUGUCGGCGUUAAUUGGAGACCGUAUUGAGACAAAGAUGAACGAGACAGCAGGUGGAUUCUGGAACAGGGGCACCCUCUUGGAUCGUUUGGCUUUGUUGGAGCAAACAGAGACGGAUUCCAAGCCUACAAAUGAACAAGAUAGCGAAUGGGAAACUAUUAUUGCCCAUCAAUUAGAUGAAUUGGCCGAUGUUGCGGUCAAUACCAA